AGCUGUGCAUUUACCAUCAUUCCCCGUCAUUCAAGAAUAUUUCGACAUGGAUAUAUUUUUGGCAUUAAAGACAAAUGUAUUAUCCAUUGUAAUCGUUGUGAUGGUUCUGUUAUUGUUAUGGAAGAGUCGAGGAAAGCAAAGUAACUUUCAACGCCUGCCUCCAGGACCGCGUCCGUUACCACUGCUUGGGAAUAUUUUUCAGUUUGAUGGGAAGCAAGCAUACAGAUAUUAUCUUGAGCUCAGUAAAAAGUACGGCUCGGUGGUUACCAUCUGGUUGUCGACCACUCCUGUGGUGAUCAUUUCUGGAUAUCAAGCCCUGAAGGAUACCCUUAUUGGUCUCGGUGAGGAAUUCAGUGGCAGGUCCAGCUAUCCCAUGAUCAUGAAGGCCACACAUGGAUAUGGUGUUUUGUCCACCAGUGGACACAGGUGGAGGGAGAUGCGCAGGUUCUCACUUAUGACCCUAAAAAACUUUGGAAUGGGCCGCAGGAGUAUUGAGGAAAAAGUCCAAGACGAGGCUAAGAAUCUUGUGAAAAUGAUGAACAAAUAUGAAGGUCUUGCAUUCAGCCCUGCAGACAUGGUGUCUAAUGCUGUGGCCAAUGUGAUCUGCAGCAUUGUCUUUGGUCAUAGGUUUGAAUUUGAAGAUCCACAGUUUAAGUUUCUACUUGGGACAGUAAAUAACUAUUUCAAGAUGCUUAAUAGCCCCCUUGGACAGAUCUAUAAUAUUUUUCCUAGGCUAGUCAGUCUUUUGCCAGGUAAACACCAUGAGGUAUUCAGAAACUUGAAAAAGGCCAGAGAAUACUGUAUUUCUGAGACCAAGGCCCGAAUGAAUAAUAUAGAGGAUCCCUCAUGCCCAAAGGACUUUAUUGAGGCCUUUGUGUUGAAAAUGGAAGAGGAGAAAAACAAUCCUGACACAGAAUAUAAUCUUGAAAACAUUGUGUCACUAAUAUGGAACUUGUUCAAUGGUGGCACAGAAACCACCUCAUCCACCAUCAGACAGUCUCUGCUUCUUAUGAUGAAGCACCCAGAUAUUCAAGAGCGUGUUCAACGGGAAAUUGAUGGGGUUAUAGGACAGGAACGUUGGCCUUCCAUUGAAGACAGGCAGAACCUGCCGUAUACAGAUGCUGUUCUCCACGAGGUGCACCGCAGCAUGGAUCUCGCGCCCAUCGCUGUCCCUCACAAGAUGAUGUGUGACACUGAAUAUAAUGGCUAUGUCAUUCCUAAGGGAACUGUGGUUUAUCCACUGUUAUCAUCUGUGCUUUUUGACCCAAAACUGUGGAAGAACCCAAACUGCUUUGAUCCAGAGAACUUCCUGGAUGAAAAUAAACGAUUUAAGAAGAACGACGCAUUUGUUGUAUUCGGCAUGGGUAAGCGAGCGUGUCUGGGUGAAGCUCUGGCCCGGAUGGAAUUUUUUCUCAUCUUCACUACUCUGCUACAACGCUUCACCUUCAAAGCCACAGUGCCACCAGAAGAGCUCGACACAACCCCCACCAACUGCAGUUUUGGCCGAAUGCCUCUCAUAUACGAGUGCUAUGCCAUUCCUAGGACAUAGAGGGUGCAAAAGUCCACAUCCAUGAUUUAUCACCAAAAUGAGUGUAGGAUAGAGAUUUUCAGCUAACCGUGGACAUAGGGUGUGUUGGACUAUAAA